CGAAUGGGGUCUAGCCUCCUUCCGUGCGGUGACACGGUGGUCGAGGCGUGCUGCCUCCAUGCCAAUGUUGAGGGCCUACAGUAUCCGAACGAUGGUUGAUAGCCGUACGUGGUGCCUCCUAUCCCUUAUUACAGUUCUUCUUGCUUCACACGUGUCAACUACCCAUCUCGUCAGUCCGUCAUGGAAGAUCUUGGCAAAAGAGCCGAUGCAGUUCCCCUCCGGGCCCGGGACGCCCAGCGAAGCUCAUUCGCGCACGGCCGCCAGGAGCAGCAUUUCCCCAGGUGGCUACAGGAACCGUGCCAACGUGGGGACAGAUAAGAUCUCACAUUCAAAACCAAUCCCGCGGCUUCCAUGUUCAAGCAGAUGGUUCUGUCGGUUUUCAGUGUCACCGCUGCUUCUCUGUUUAGACCCAUGCUGCUGUGCCAUUCAGUGCAUACCGCAUUGACUGAUGUGCGUCUGCCUCAAUGACAGGUGCUCCUAAGGCACCAAAGGUUGACACUUGUCGACGGACCUGUCCGAAUGUGACCGGAUGACCUCCCGGCAAAUGUCAAGGCUAUGGUCCCUCCAAGUGUAGAAGAACUCAGAAGGCACCGCGGUUGCUCGCGCGAGGAGCCGUAACAUGCCGUAACAUGCUGUAAGCUUCGAAUCGCCGUAGGUUAUCUGGCAACCCCCGGGUCUUUGGACACCACGCGUGCAUGACAAGGUGACCAAGAGCCACUCGUAGGAGUCGCUUAGACUAGCACAGAGUGUGGUGCCUCUUCGUUCAGCGAUC